UCCCAACUUACUUAUUCUAUUUGAAUAAGGUGAAACGUUAAAAAAGAAGAUUGGUUAGUAAUGUUUUGUUGCUAGAACAAAUGAAUUUCAACAUGAGAGAACAAAGCCGUACUUUUAUGGAAGUUUCACAACUUGAAUUUGCAAAAAGAUGCCGCAGAAUAUCAAUUAAAAAUAUUGCGGCUGGUGUUCUAAAUCAGGAUAUACUUGAGCUAUUGAAGCCUUAUUUUUAUCAGCAAAUUCAUAUUGACAAGAAUAGCUUAUCCUGUAAAGCAGUACUUUUGGAUGGAUCAUGUGCUGCCCGUUGUUUGGAAGAAUUAAACGGGAAAAUGUUCCGCGGUCAACGUCUGUCUGUAUCUCUUGCAUCAUGUGAUUUUAUGCUGUGUGUCACUCAACUUCCACUUUCUUUCACUCACGAUCAGUUUUUAAGUUUGAUCACGCCAUUUGGGACUCCAGAACGUUGUUUUCUUGUGCAUAGUGAUGUAACUGGGCAAAGCAAAGGUUAUGGUUGUGUAGAAUUCACAAGCAAAGAAUCGUCUAUAAAAGCCAAGAACCAACUCAAUGGGUUUAAAAUCCAAAACAAUGUAUUGCAGGUUCACUGGCUUGAUACGAUUCCCAUCCACUACACCGGACUCUACUCCUCGUGUCUCCUUGUAGAAGAUCUACCACCUGGGUUUAAGGACCAACAAGUCCUGCAUGAAGUAUUUUCACAGUUUUCAACCCCAAAGUUUUGUCAGUUAGCCCAAUGUCCUUACAAUGACUUUGCGAUUGUUGAAUAUGCUGACUCAUCACAAGCAGAAGAGUCUUGGACCAAAUUAAAUGGAUACAGAAUCGGAGAAUUCCCAGUGAAAGUUUCAUUUUGUGUCCCUGGACCUCGAGGUCUUGUUGUACUGAAUGCUCUACGUGCGUCGAGGGAUUUAAUCCGAGGAAACCCGUGUGGUGGUCUCCUACCAACACCUGUAAUGGACCAUAAUACAAACAAGCAGCUCGCAAGUUCACUGCUCAACCAUCAUAAAGAUUCUUUAAAUGUUAUUCCUGAUGGACUGGCUGCAGUUACUUCUAAAGAUCCACAGGUGCACCAGUUGCUUAAUGCAUUACAAAACCGGUUAACCGAGCCCCAGGUUCUUAACCCAUCCCUUCAUAAUGUCCAUCACACUGAUAUAUGGGCACAAUCACAACUUACAAUGAACUCAGCCAUGCUUAACCAUCUACAACACGCUGGUCGUUUAGUUGGUGAAGUUCCCACCAGUCUUCCAUACAGAGCAACAGAUGGUGUUUCACAUCAUAUGUCUCUACGUAGUCGCAGUGGAAGUAUUUCAUCCUGUGACUCGGGUGCUAAAGCUGAAGACGAAGUGUUUGAACCAAUGAGGAGACCAAGUCAGGAGGAUUCUCAUCCAUUUGAAAACACAUAUGGUCUACGAGGUGUAAACGUGGAAGACAAAAUCGAUUCAACUUUUGUUGGCAAACCCAUUUUAAGAAACACUGGUUUCGGCAACACUGAGCCAGUGAUGCCACACCAUUCAUUACUCGCACAUACUGGAAACAACUCGCAUCCUAAUACAUUGCUGUUUCUCAGGGAGGAAUCACAGCGAAGUGAAAGUGCUGACUCAGCAUACAGUGGCAGCCAAGGAAGUAAUUCAUCAGAUUAUGGUUUUCCAUGUCAUGCGAAUCGUGUGUCUAACAUAUCGCAAUGUGCAACUUCUAACAGUAAUUUACCUGGUCAUACAACAAGAACACAGGGAAGCUCACUUGUGCAAGAGUUUCACCAUUUCAACUCCAUACUGCCACCUGGAGUUCAACGCUAUCCACAAAUCCCGAAGAAAGUUUGUUACGAUAAUGUGUUGGACUACACUGGUUCAUCUGGUGCUGUAGUGACAUCCAGUGGAAGGUUUUCACCGUACCCAACUCCUGGUGUAACCAGCAAAUCUCAACAACAACAACAACAGGUAAACCAACCCAUUAGUCGUGAACUUGGAAGUAACGAACACAUGUCAGCGUUUGUACAUUGCCCACAAUCUAAUGAUGUCAUGAGGAUCCCACGUCCGGAAAUCAACAGAAAAGAUGUUCCAACAAAAGUUCCAGUAUCCGUAUGCACAAGUACUCAACCAAUAGGAGGCGAGAGAAAGUUUCAAACACUCAGUAGUUUGUCUGCUGUGUUACCUCAUGAGGUUGAGAAACCAACAGCCAUUAUUGGCCGAACCACUCCGCACACUCGUCGAACCCGUUUGACCCCCAUCCCUGGUAUCGGGCACGAACUUGGGGCUGAUUCACCCACCCAACUUCAACUUCUUGGGUCCAACCUGGUGGAAGGGUUGCUAGGGGAAUCCCCUCGUUCCGGGGGUUUCAAUGCAAGCACAGCGGGCAGAUUACUUCGUGCAUUAAACCUGUUUUCUCCUACAGAGUUUGUGAAUUCCCCCCAAGCUGUGACUCCCAUUCGUAAGCGAGGUGUUGGUAACGUUCUUCCAUCUCCCGAACCCAGCCCUGAAGCUGGUGCUUAUGUAGGCCAGCAUUCACAGGGGUUGGGGGGUCAUUACGCAGAUUCUUACGGCAUCCUGGGUGAGGUUAUGGGGCUGGGGAAUUCCCCGCAACACCCAGGCAUGAUGGGGUUAAUGAAAAGAAGGCGAAGCAAUGAAACAUAAUCAGGAUAGCUAAGCUUGUUCAAUUUCUGCUGCUGCUCUGUGAUAUUUCAUCACUAAUUAUGCCAUUCAUGUUCAAAACCUUUUUAUUGCGUUUUUCUUUUUUUACGUUUUAGUUCAUUGCAGUCAUGGCAACUGUUGUCAUUCCACUUUUCAUUAUAAAGUAAAUAAUUCAUUAUAUAUAAUGAUAAGAACAAUUAUAAGUUGCAGCGAUACGCCUAAUACUGCUUCUCCCUAAAGUUUUAUAAGUUGAUUCGAAACACCGCACAAUUUUACUUCCUAAUUCGCAUUGUGUUUCGUAUAUUUUCAUUGUUCUUAUUUCGCUUUACGACAUCGGCUUCUCUUUCCCUUACGCGGCGGGAAAUCAGUCCUCCAAUUCUCGUCGACGAAUUCUACUUCUCCCUUCGUUCUAACUUCAGAUUCGACUUUUCUAUUCUCGCGUAAGAAAAGUUUUCGCGGCUGCCACACUUUUCUUUUUUUCACAAUAGCUGGGUGCGCUUGUUUUUAUUCAAUAGCUUUUAUCGUCCCGUUCCGUAACUGCUCACCAAAUUUGCCAAAAUGGACAAAAAUGUCAGUUCCCUUCCGAGGUAGGUAAUUUUAACCGUGUGCCCUUACUAACCGGACAACUUCUCGUUCACUCCGGUUCAGGUAUUCAUGUUUGUGUUAAAUAAAGCAUCACCAGAUUCA